UACUUCCAUGGUGCUCCUUUAUCGGGAUCACUGCUUCUCUAUUGCACUGUUCAACGGCAUCACUUCAACGAAUCGAAGCCAGUACAGAUACUUCAGUCUCAGAUCGUUGACGGGCUGUGGCAGGAACCAGUGAACAUGACGUUGUGCUUCACGGAUGAUCGUCGUCAGGCCGCAAAAAUCCUAGUGCAAAUUCGCGAUCAAGGGACAGGCAAUCGCGGGGAGUCGCUGGUCAUGUUCGACCCGCUUGUCCCUGGUUUCGAAAUUGUGCCAAUGAGACCUGUGUACAAUUCCCGUACUCAGCGCAUCUUACUCAUGACCCAUUCAAUCAGCGCUCCACUUGGCUCUGAUUUGAACGUCACAUUAGAGUGCCUUGGUGACCGAAAAAGGCCUUCUAGUCACAUGCUAGCUACACUAGGUGAUGUGCUUAGCUUUGAGAAUCCAUCGAACUGGAAGAAAUGUAGCCUGAUUAUGGUGGAGGCAGUGCGCAAUAUUGGCAGAAUGAAGUCUCGAACGAAAUUACUGCUGCUUCCUAACAUUGAAGGAGUGGCGUCAUUGGAACCAUCAUGGCUUGAAGUGCCUUCUCUUCGACCGUCAUACUUUGUUGGAGACCGUCUGCAAGCCACUGUACCAAAGCGCGUCGCUAGAUCACUGAAUUACUUGGUAGUCUGCAAUUCUCGAUCAGUGGUCACAUCUGGACAAGUGAGAGACGAUGGAGCCCUGAUAAUAAAAGUCACAACUGCCAUGGUUGGACACUGUGCACUUUUUGUAUAUUCUGUGGAGAUGAAGGCUACGACUGAUAUGAUCCAGUUCAAUGUAAAGGACCGAUGUGAGGUCUCUCUGUUUGCUUCACGGGACAGCAUCAAGCCAGGAUCUACUGUUAGUAUAACUAUGAACGGUGAACCGCAUGGCAUUGCUUUUCUCAGAGCGAUCGAUGAUCGUUUGUCCACAAUGAAAGCGGUCAGCGAUGCAAUGACCAUGAGAUCCUGGGAUUUCGGAAUACUGUAUCGUCCUGGUUCAAGAGAAGAUCAAGCUAAGCUGAUCAAUCUUUUCGCGACUAAUGAAGUGAAAAAAGCGAUAGAGAAAAACUGUGCCUCCGCAGCAAGUCACUACGUCCGACAGUUCGGAGUUUGCCCUGAAGUCAAA